ACAUUAUAGAGUUCAGUGAUCUAUGCAAACCAACAACACAUGACGUCAUACUCUAGCGCAGAUUGGCGGGUAAUUCAAACGUAAACAAAGAAUUCGAUAACCUUGAAUUUGUUAUUUCGAUUCGUGCAGAUUCGUGUGCCGUGUGCGUCUUUUUUUUGUCACGGCGGAACGGAAUUGAGCAAGUAAACCAAAAACUUUUGUAUUUUCCUGUAAAAUCAUUCUGUUUCAUGUCUAUUUAAUGUGCUUAAUGUGUUUCUACUGAUCUUUCCUUGAGCAUUACACAUGUUUCACAUCCCUAUUUGAUGAUAAAGCGUGGACUUGUCAGCGUCAGAAAGCAAAUUGAAAUCCACCAGACGAGCACUGAAUAAUAAUUGUAAUUCGUCCGAGCAACAUUGAACGGCGAUGAGGUCGCAGACCCUCUGAGGGGCGGCAGACGAACCUACCUCGGACGGCAUAACGCCCCGUCAUCGUCUGACGUCAGUGCUGUGCGGACGGGACAUCGGGUCGCAUCUCCGUCUCCCGAGCGCCAUGUACUCCCGCUCCAAACGCGGCAGCAACUUCCUUCAGGAGUCUGAGCGGUCGCUGCUGCGCUCGCGCCGCGACACCGCCUGGCAGAACGAGCUGGCCUCCCGCAGCCAGUUGCAAGCUGUCUUCUCUUCGUCGCGGGCGACGGAAGCGACCAGGACUGGUGCGGCGGCGCGGACGACCGGGGGCCCGUCCGCAGCUGCGGCGCCGGCCGCCGGCGGGGCCCAGGAGGGCGGCCCGGUGACCCAGCGUGGCUCGGUGGCGGACACCGUGCGCCGCCUCUCGGACCCGGUGCGCCGCAAGUCGAGCGGUCUGCCCGAGUCGCAGUCAGGCCUGCUGCCCAGCGCCAGCAUGGGCCCGCUGGCCUCGGCAGUACGGUUCAACGCCAUAAAUGAAGACGAUGUCGUGCAGUUUCUCAACGCUAACCCAGAGACGAUCUCUCACUAUGUCAAGGAGUAUGUCGACGUUCCAACUAUCAAGGGCUGGCUGUCGGCCAAGUCGUCGGGGGCGGUUCGCACGCUGGUCGCUCCGGCCGGCCACCACAGCACCUACGGUGAGGCGGCCGCCGAGACGCUGCGCCGCCACCUGCUCGACGAGGCCUCGCACCCGGACCACACGCCCCGGCUGCUGCACGAGCUUGCCAGGGUGGCCGCCGUCGCUGUCGGCGCCGAUGGGUUCACCCUGUUCCUGAUCGACUCCAAGCUGAACGACCUCAUCGAGUACACACCGGGCCGGGACGACUUCGUCCAAACAAAGGCAUCCAUCAAAAUAGUCGACCGGGAGACGCCGUCGGCGCUGGCCGCCGCCACCGGCGAAUCGCUCACCGUCGAGUCCAUCACCUGCGACAAACGCUUCCCGCACGGAUUCGGGCCGGGCGUCUCCGAAAAGGACCGAUCGGCGCUGGUGGUGCCCCUGCCCGGUCUGGCGGUACUGGAGCUGCGCCGCGGCGUGCACCACGAGCCGUUCGAGCCCGGCCACCUGGAGGCCGUGAACGCCAUCCUGGUGUGGUUCAACAUCGCCAUCAACCGGCUACAGCUGAGCGAGGUGCUGCAGCACCAGCAGGAGCUCAACUCGUUCCUGCUGGAGGUGGCCAGCGCGCUCUCCGACGAGCCAUUCGGCCAGGAGGCGCUCAUCUCCAAGGUGAUGCUGCAGGCCAAGGCGCUGGUGGCCGCCGAGCGCGUCACCUUCUUCGCCAUGGACGAGGAGAAACACGAGCUGUACGCCUCACUGUUCGAUGACGGACAGACCAUCAACGGCUCGCCGGUGCUCAGUAAGCGGCACGAGAUCCGCUUCCCGGCCGAGCGCGGCAUCGCCGGCCACUGCGCCCGGCUGGGCCAGGUGGUGAACGUGCAGGACGCCUACUCGGACCCGCGCUUCAACGCCGAGGUGGACCGCAGCACGGGCUACCGGUCGCGCAGCCUGCUGGCCGUGCCCGUGAAGGCGCAGCACCGUCUGCUUGGCGUCCUGCAGGUGGUCAACAAACUCGACGCCGACUGUUUCUCGGAGACGGACGAGGCCUCCCUGAAGAUGUUCGGCAUCUACUGCUCGCUGGCGCUCUCGUUUGGCGCACUGCACGAGCGAGGUCAAAAGAAGGACAAUCAGCUGAGCGUGGCCCUGGACGCCCUGGAGUACCACACGACCGCCUCGCCGGCGGAGCUGAAGAAGUACAUGGAGCAGCCGCUGCCGGCCUCCAUCCCCGACUCGUUCGACACGUUCCGCUGGGCGCCCGAGCCCAGUCACGACCUGAGUCGGCUCUACCUGCACAUGUAUUUCGACCUGCUGGGCGAGGGCGCGUGCGGCGGCGCCCCGGAGCGGGUGGUUACCUUCACGACCACGGUCAUCAAGUCGUACCGCCGCGUGGCCUACCACAACGCCACGCACGCCUUCAUGGUGGCGCACACCAUGUACAAUAUCCUGAAGAGGAACACCAACGUCUUCAGCCGGCUGGAGCUGCUGUCACUACUGGUGGCCUGCAUCUGCCACGACAUCGACCACCGCGGCUACAGCAACACGUACGCCAAGGCGGCCACGCCGCUGGGCGGCCUCUACAAGGCGUCGGUGAUGGAGAACCACCACUUUGCCACGGCGGCGGCGGUGCUGCAGCGGCCCGGGCACGACAUCCUGGCCGGGCUGACGGCAGCCGACAGGAAGGAGGUGCUGGACCUGAUGUACGAAGCGAUCAUCGCCACUGACCUCGCCGUGUACUUCCAAGUUCGGCCGAAACUGGAGUCGGCCAUGACCGGCCAGUUCAACAUGCACCAGACGGAACACAGGCGGUGGUUCUGCAGUGUGAUGAUGACCGCCUGUGACCUGUCGGCCGUCUGUAAGGCCCCAGAGGUGGUGCUCGAACACACUCUCGAGCUGUACGUCGAGUUCCACGAGCAGGGCGACAACGAGAAGAAGCGGGGCACCACGCCCGAUCCCAUGAUGGACCGUACGAAGGCGCUCAACCUACCCAACGACCAGAUCAACUUCAUCAAGUACAUCUGUAUGCCGGCGUACGAGCUGAUCUCCAAAGGCCUGCCUAACACCAACGAGAUGCUCGUCAACGUCAAGCGGACGCUAGAGUACUGGGCCGACCUGCGCACAAAAGACGCCAGCGUCUGGAAGCCGUACGCCAGCUGGCCCAAGCCGGAGCACCACGAGACGCGGCUGAAGCUGCCGCGGAGGCAGUCGAGUCGGUCCCCGUCGCCGGCCCGGCCGUCGGCAAAGUAGACGGUGGCUGACCGCGGUCCCAACAGCUGCCCAGCCAAGCAGCACUCUCGGACAGCCGCUCAGGACAGUUCCAGUUAAUAUUUCAGUUUGAACAGUGCGAGAACAAUGUUCUUCAGAUUUAAUCGUGUGCAAGCGGUGUUAUCAGAGUUUCAAUGGCGCUUAAACGACAUUUUUUAGAGUUCAAAUAAUCGUGUACGGAGUUACUAGGGACCAUUUUUUUGCACUGUGCGCUUUUUGUUACUUUUCUACGUUAUUCACGAAUUACGCGGAAGAAGAUUUCGGUAAUGCCAAGCGAUUUAUUCUGCAAUAAAACGUUAAUUUGCCA